AUGGUGUGUGGCACUAAAUGGGUUUUCGGCGACGUCCAACAUCCACACAACGAGAGGAAGAGCACCGAGGCGACGGUGCAAUCACACACAACAAGCAGGCUCAGGGCGAAUGAUGUGUCAGAAGAACAAUCGCGUUUCUAUGCAAGCUUAUCAACUCAACUCUCCGUCACCUCCCCUCCACCUCCAUCCUCUUCAUUCGUUGACUCAACGAUGUCACUUGACGGAAUUUCUUUGGCCUUGGAGAUUGCGAGCCGCAUAGAGGCCCAGACAGACAAAUCUAAGAAGAAUAAAGGAAAGCUGCGACACCUCUCACUUCAAGCCCUAGCCGUCGCAGACGAUAUACGAGAACAUUAUGCGCUUCUUGAAAAGCAAAAUGUCGUGCUCCCAAAAAGCAUGGUUGAUACCAUUUCUCAGCUUGAAUUAAUUCUCGGAAAGAUUCUCAGAGUGGUAGAAAAAGAACAAUCACGAACGCGGUUCAAGUCCUGGUUAAGGGCGUCGAGCCAAGCAGACAAAUGUAUGUUGCUCAGCGAGGAGCUAGCUGCAUGCGCUACACGUUUUGGGAUGGUAGCAAAUCUACAUAUUUUGGGACAAACGAGAGUGAUUAGUGUGAGGCAGGAUCAAAUUGCUGCUCGCGAUGGAGAAUUACUUCGGACUCUUGUGACCAAGAGCACUUCGUUGCCAGCCGUGAAGCAGUACCAAGUGGUGGAGAAUGUAGUUGGAGGGGCAUCUAUGGUUUUCUGUUCAGGACUGGAUAGUUCCCAGAGAGAAGGCCAUUCCCAUGUGGACGACUUCUUAAUCGAAGAAAGACAGGGCUUCGAAGGUUUUCUUGGUUGCCUUGAGCAAACCCUCACCACCCGGUGUGAAGUUCUAUCUCCUCUCCAGGAGACAUUCACGUUCUUUCUACAGCACCUAGAAUCACGCCAUCAAGGACUUGCAAUAUGCUAUGCGGCGACAGAGACCUUCGUUGUAGAAUAUGCAGAUGAACUCAAAGUUUGCGCGUGUGUGGCUGUUCUCAAGGAGGACUAUGAUUUGCGACCAAACUACGAUGAUCGGGUGGGGAACUUUGCUCGAUGCCGCAAAGACUUCCUAUUCGAGUUCACCUUGUUGACGGUCACUGACACCCAUACGUCGCCUUCGGAUUGGAUAAAAGUUCAAGGACUUGCCAACCAUUUCCAGAGGGAGCGCAUUGCAUAUGCUCUAUGGGACCUGGGACGUCUCCCUCCAGCGUCGCAUAUACCUGAUAGCGACUCAUUUCGGUGGAUCAGACAGCGCAUCUCCACCAUACCAACUGUAUCUGGGGAACGGGUAGUGGUUGACGUAGAAUCGGGAAACGAUAAUUACCCCUUCAGGCGUUUCCACCAACUGAAUGCUCGCAUAGCGCAUCCGUCAAAUGCCAGGUGUCGCCUCGACUUGAUCCAGCAUCUAGACAACGAAAUUCGGCUCGUGUGUGAAGAAACCAACGAAGAAUGGUUCAUUUCGGUAAUCCACCACCAGACACUCCCAUGA